CGUUGUGCAUCUUCCUACUCAUCUCUGCUUGUAAUAUGAGACCGAUUAAUGCGCCAUCUGCCAGAGAGCCCAUUGGAACUAUCCUCUAUGUUGGUAGACUACUGUAGACUACUUUGCAACAAGAAAUUCGAAGAAUCUUUCCAACUACUUCUGCUAGUCAGGAAAGGGCAAAGAUGGCUGCUUCGUGGUUACUAGGACGUGCCGUAACCAGGAAAUUUUCUACGGCUGUAAGCGGAUCACCUCAAACUCAACAUGGUGAGAGUUGGAAGUUAUGGAGAGCAAUAACUCUCUUUGGAGCAUUCCCUGCUAUUGCCGUUUGCAUGGUUAAUACUUACCUGAAGCACCAGGAGGAACAUCACCAUCCACGACCUCCAUUUGUCAAAUAUGACUAUUUGUGUAUCCGUACUAAGGCGUACCCUUGGGGAGAUGGACAGCGCACCUUAUUCCACAACCCAAAGAAAAAUCCCCUUCCUACUGGUGAAUUCGAAGAAGAAUAACUUGUAUAAACAAGAUAGUACACAAAAGUAUAACAAUUAUAUAGUUCAUUAUGUAUAAACAGUCUGAUACAACAAAUAAAAUACAAAAACGUAAUUGAU